UGUAAUUCUGGGACUUAUGGCAAGCUUACCUUUGGAGCUGGAACCAAACUCGUGGUUUCUCCAGAAGUGACUCCAUCCCCCUCAGUCUACAGGCUGACCUCCAAAGAUGCCCAGGGCCUGGAAAUGUGCCUUAUCACGGAUUUCUCCCCCCAGCAGCUCACUCUGAGCUCUGCUGGGCAGCCCACCUCUGCUGUCGUGGGGGUGGCAGCUGCUGGGAGCAGCGAGGAGGAGUCCAGCUACCUGUCCACCUACUGGGCCAGCAGGGAUGAGCUGCGCUGUGCUGCCAGCCACGAGGGCUUUGGAGAGCUGCAGGGAGAGGACCCUGAGAGUGGUGCCAGCGCUGUCUGUGUCACAGGGCUGUCCCUACACUUCAGGACAGAUGAACACUUGAACACCCUGUCCUUGUCACAGCUGGGCCUCAAAAUCAUUUUAAUGAAAGGAAUAAUUUUUAAUGUGCUGAUGACAGUGCUUAUGUGGAAGAAAAAAAAGGACUGAGUAACCAGGUGGAGCAGUCCUGAAGUGCCAAACUCAUCUGCUUUGAGAGAGCAUCUUAAGCAGGAGGGAGCCCAGGGAUAUUCCUUGUGCAAGGACAUCCCUUGCUGCUCUUACAUACCACACCAGCCAUUGUAUUCUGAAUUGCUUUAUUUGCAUUGCUAUAAAACCACUCAAAAUUAAACACUUCCAGUGUUGUGCCCUCCAGAUGUCUGGGUUAUUCAGCACACUGUACCUCUUUUGCAUGAAGCACACUUGGCUCUAAUUAUACAUUGCCAAGGUGUUACUUCCAUUAAAAUGUUGACUUCUGCCUGGAGCAGUGCUGUGUGUUAAGAACUGCAAGCUAAAUAUCUGAAUGGGAAUUUUUCCUGUUUUGGUAGCUUUAGGGUUUUCAUAUCUCAGGGUACACCCCCAGAAACCUUUUCAGGUGCAAAUGAAGCACUUUGAAAAGCAAAGGGAGACUGGCUCAGGAUGCAUUGUCCUGCCACCUUUUGCUAGAUCAGAGCAAGAUAUCCCGUUUUUUCCCUAAAGGAUGAGCUGCAGGUCUCAAAUUCAGUGAAAUUGUCACUUCAAUGUCACAGAAAAAAAGAUUAAAAAGGAUUUUUUUAAAGUCUAUCUGACCAUAACACCUUCUUAAUUUAAACCAGUUCAAGAUUUGGCUUUGUAUUUAGUAAAAAUACAAACCACUUUUGUUCUUUUUGUUUACUUCUAACAACCUGAGAUCUCACAAGUUCUUUUUGUACCAAUUGCAUAAACAUGUACUGAAAUAUUUACCUGUCCAUGUGUGCCCACCUUGGAACUGUGCUUGCCUGUGGCACCUGCAUGCUGCUAAUUCAUGAACUGUACUGGCACCCACGAGAUGUCUUGGCAUUUCUUUAGGCUGUUAACAAACAAUUCUUACAAAAAAAUGA